AUGUUUGAGUGUGUUGCCGUAAUUUCUAGCAAAAACACCCCGUUGUUUUUCAAGACUUCGAAUCCAGAUGAAUCGUUGCCGAAUCAAUUCCGUGUUUAUGGCUCACUCGACAUAGUCGAAGAAAAACUUAGCAAGUUUUCAUCUCGAUCAUCUUAUGGUGACAAGGAAACAGCAAGCAAUUAUCUGGGAUUGCUUUAUCCCAUCGACGAUCACUACGUAUAUGGAUAUGUAACGAAUACCAACAUAAAGUUUAUCCUAGUCCAAGAAGUUCACUUCACUGUGAAUGAGUUGCUGAAAUCCAGCUCAGCUGCACAGGUGGACAACCAGAUUAAGAAAGUCUUCGAAACCCUUCAUGACGCCUACGUGGAGCUUGUCUCUUCACCCUUUUACGUCCCAAACACGCCCAUUGAUCCAUCCGCUUCUGACGCCACAAAGAAAUUUGACCAUGUUGUUGAUAAAAUUCUCAAGCGUUCUGCCGACGCUAUAAUUUCAAAGUUCCUCGAAAGUGCGUCCUUCUCUGAAAUUGUUUAUGAGGAUGUUGUCAGAGAUGUGACAGUCAGAUGGGAAGCUGUAAUAGUGGGGAGUGUGCCACAGGGAGCUGCUCGGCUAUUCACCACUACCUAUACUCACAUUCCUCCACUUGCUCAGGAAACUCCAGACGAUCCAGACCUGCUGCCAAGCUUUCGAGAUCCGUUGAGACAUCUCCGUCUCGAUGUGGACAAGCGCUGCUAUCGUGACGAUGUGAGUGAAGUCGCAAAUAAGGUGGAGCACAGGGUAUCAGAGGGAGGUCCAAGACCAUAUCAAAGGCUCUCCAGUGUCUCCUUACCAAAAAGUGAUCGGCCUCACAACGAAAGUGGCGCUGUUUCAUCCUUCUCAGCAGCAAAACGCCUCACAUCACGCUCCAAAUCUACCAAAACAAGUUUCAGAAAAACUGUUCGCAUUGAUUUGAAUCGUUUUAGUCCCAGAUACCAGUUGAAACCACAAGUUGAUGAUUUUAAAGAUGCCCUUCCAGGUGAAGUGAUUUUAGCAUCGAAACUGAAAGAUUAUGACUGUCAUAUGCCGUUGCUUGGUGUUGACAUUGAGGGGAUGCGUGAGUUGUACACAGCCACCAUUCUUCGAGACCACGUUCUCAACCGAUUGUAUCAUCGUAGAAACUUUAGAAAUCUCCCACCUGAAUUCAAGUACUUACGGAAGGUGAAUUUUUUGGAGUUCUUGAAGGCCACAUCUUGGACGACGAUGGACAGUGAGAUUGACCGCGAUCGCCAUUUUCGACUUCUGACAACUGACAACUCCAAGUCUGUGUUGAAUGAGAUUGCCAAUCACUUUUAUGAAUGCGAUUUUGCUGAAUUGCAUGUCUUCACAAAUUGGUUGGACUCCGCGAGGGCCGAUCCGACGCUGCUUCAGCUGCAGACUUGCAAGGAGAUUACAAGACUGUGUGUCCUGAUAGGAGAGGAGCUAACCAAAUCCAAUCUCGGAUUUGGAGAAACAAGUCGCAUGGAGUUGUUGAUUGUGUUAGCCACUUCAAUCAACAAUCGACGACUGCGACAAUGUUUAUGGAGUCAGGUGCGUAGUUGGUUGGAUCCGCUGAUUGCAGGUCUAUUCUCCCCCUCAAAGUGUGUUCGAGAAGAGACCUGUUACACUCUGGCCUACAUAUUCAGCAUAAACAGUUUGGUGGAGGAUAUUCGACACCUCCUACCUUACGACAUUCCCUAUGAUGUGACUUUGAAUGUCUUGAAGGCUAUUGACAUGUUUCCUGAAACCUUCAUGACCUACUUCCUCCUUCUUGGCUACAUGCUGGAAGGCUGUCCUUCGUUCAGCAUUCUCAAUUGCAUCAUGGAGAGAGGUGCAAUGUGUACCAAUUCACUAAUGCAAAAACGGUGGCCACUGUUCGUGUACUAUGCAAUCAAGCACUGGAAUGCGAUGUACCUUCGUGUAGAUCCUCUUUAUCCCGUCUUAUUGAUGGAGAAGAUGACUCUCGCCGCCAUGAAUCCUCUCACUCGAAAGGCCUCAAAAAUGGCAUUAGUGGCUUUGGCCAGGAAGUUUAAUAGAUCUGUUGGCGCGGUGACGCAUUUUAACCCCGUUUGGAGUCGAGAGGAGGAUUAG